UACAGCGGGGCGCGCGCCUAAAAACCGCACACACACACACCGCUCUCGGUUCAGGGCGGAUCGGGAUUUUUUUCAUCACAGUGUCUCAAUGGAAGAUCCCGCUUGACCAGGAUUUUCCUGUUUAUCCUGGUUUUUGUCGUCCGAGCUUGUCAUUUAUUAUUCUCCAGCAGAAUUAUCUGGAAUAUUUUCCAUCCUCUAUUCGAAUGGCCGUUUGAACGCGGAAAAAACGCCGGUCUGCUUUUGUGUUGAUGUAAAUGAUGCUCGUGCGCCCGGUAAACGCGCAGCGGGGAGAGCGGCGCGUCCGCUCGCGCUGAUGACAAUAGCGGACCUUAACGAUAUAAACGCGGAGGAUAAAAACAGAACCUUUGGGAAAAGUCGGGAAACAUGUCUCUCAGCAGAAGCAUCGAGCUCGAGCACUUUGACGAGCGGGACAAGGCGCACCGCUCCAAACGCGCGGUGGUUUCGGGCGGCUCGGGUUCGCGCGCGAGCAGUCUGGUACCGAGUCCCGCGCACAGCGCGAACUGCAGCUUCUACCGCACGCGCACGCUCCAGACGCUCAGCUCCGAGAAACGAGCCAAGAAGGUUCGGUUCUACCGGAACGGGGACCGGUAUUUCAAGGGUCUGGUGUACGCGGUGUCCAACGACCGCUUCAGAUCAAUGGACGCGCUCCUGGCCGAGCUGACGCGCGCGCUCACGGAUAACCUGCACCUGCCGCAAGGUGUGCGCAACAUCUACAGCGCGGACGGCGCGAGGAAGAUCGCGAGCCUGGAGGAGCUGGUGGAAGGUGAGAGUUACGUGUGCGCCUCGAACGAGCCCUACAGGAAGGUGGACUACACCAAGAACGUCAACCCUAACUGGGGGUCGAGGGGGGCGGGGCUUGGCUUGGGGGCGGGGCCAGUGGGCGGAGCCACUCGUCCCGGGCCUCCUCGCGCACCGGGGGAUUCCCGGGAGUCUAAAGACUUCAUCAAACCCAAACUAGUGACGGUGAUCCGCAGCGGCGUGAAGCCGAGGAAGGCCGUGAGGAUCCUCCUGAACAAGAAGACGGCGCACUCGUUCGACCAGGUGCUCGCUGACAUCACCGAGGCCAUUAAACUGGACUCAGGUGUGGUCAAGAGGCUUUACACGCUGGACGGCAAACAGUUGACGAGUCUGCAGGAUUUUUUCGGUGACGAUGAUGUCUUCAUGGCGUGCGGUUUGGAGAAGUUCCGUUACGCUCAGGACGACGCCGCCAUUGGACACGCGGGGAAGGCCGUCGCGGCCGCGUUCGUUAACGAGUGCAAGAAAUCUCGACCGCCGGUCCCUCCGAAGACAGCAGGACCCAAGAGCCCUGGAGUCCCGCGCUCCAAAUCACCUUUAUCUGCCAAUGAGGCUCCGAGAAGCGAGUCUCCGCCGAUGAGGUCAUCGAAGUCUCCCGGCAGCCGUAAAACGUCCGUGCAUGAGGCGUCUCCGUCCCCGACACCCUCCAGUGUCAUCAAUGAUGAAGAAGAGCACACUCCGGAGGUGAAUGGCAAUGAUGUUCAGUCGUCUGUCAUCAGUGAGAAGUACAAAGUGGGGAAAGUCAUCGGCGAUGGAAACUUCGCUGUCGUCCGAGAGUGUGUGGAGAGGUCUACAGGACAGGAAUAUGCGCUGAAGAUCAUAGACAAGGCCAAAUGCAGCGGAAAGGAGCACCUGAUAGCCAAUGAGGUGUCGAUACUGCGCAGGGUUCACCACCCCAGCAUCAUUAUGCUAAUUGAGGAGUUGGACACGCCCACUGAGCUGUAUCUGGUCAUGGAGCUGGUAAAGGGCGGUGACCUGUUCGACGCCAUCACUUCCUCCACGAAGUACACGGAGCGAGACGCCAGUGCCAUGCUGUUCAACCUGACCGGCGCGCUGAGAUACCUGCACCACAUGAACAUCGUACACAGAGACAUCAAACCUGAGAACCUGCUGGUGUGUGAGUACCCUGACGGCACCAAGUCUCUGAAGUUGGGUGAUUUCGGGCUGGCUACAGUGGUGGAGGGGCCGCUACACACCGUCUGUGGGACGCCGACGUACGUCGCGCCGGAGAUCAUCGCAGAGAGCGGGUACGGGCUGAAGGUGGACAUCUGGGCGGCGGGUGUGAUCUCCUAUAUUCUGCUGUGUGGGUUUCCUCCGUUCCGCAGCGAGAGGAACCAGCAGGAGGAGCUGUUCCAGCAGAUCUUACUGGGCCGACUGGAGUUCCCCUCCCCGUACUGGGACAACAUCAGCGCCUCUGCUAAGGAUUUAAUUGGUAAGAUGCUACAAGUGAAUGUUGGUGCUCGUUACACAGCUGACCAGGUGCUGGAACACCCGUGGGUGCAGGACGAUGCUGUGAUGGACACCAACAUGGCGUGUGAGAUGGAAGAAGGUGUUGAAUCAAAAAUAACAAACAACAGCACGGCAGCAGAGGCUGAGGUGGUGGAUCAUCUCCAUGGAACUUCAAAGAAUGGCACAGUAGAUCACAGUUGGCAGUAACCGGAGGAUCUCUGGAGGCGCAG